CAGUAAAAUCAAAAGGCGUGACAGAGGGACUGGAAGAUUUACAGAUAAAAAUAGAGUCUUUAGUUAAACUAAUUGGCUUCGAGAAGGCCAAAUACUACAUAAAGGAUGCUGUUGAUGAUGCUGAAGAAUAUUUCGACGUAAAGUUACAUGUACAAGUCAAUAGAGAUGGCCAAAAUAAAAUAUUCUACAGACCGCGUACCAGAAAUUUUCAGAAACCCACGACACGUUAUAGAGCUUCUACAGCGAUUGAAGACCUGCCCUGGCUGCAAACGUAUAAGGCGUUUAUGAGAAAUGGAAACGGGCGAAAGACGAACGUUGGGCUCAGGAAAGAGUUUAUAAAUACAGAUACAUCAAAGAAUUCGGUAAGAAGAAAGCUAUCUGAUCCAUUAUGGUUAAAGGACCUCAAAAGCUACGUCCAGACUCUUGUCUCCUCGUAUGGACGAGAAGAGCUGCACAGGAGACUGGACCCCGUUAUUGAGUCUUUGGAAAAAGUACAUAACUUAAAAAUUAAAGACGUCGAUGUCAAUAAAUUCGGUCAAGUAUUCGUAGAGAGAAGUACAGGUGGCAACUCAAAGAGUAAGAGAACUAAGAAGAAGAAAAAGAAGAAAUUGAAAUCUCAUAUUCGAACAAAAGAAAAUAACAACAAGAAAGAAUCAGAAGAAAAAGAAGAAAAGGAAAAUGAUGAACAACCAAAUACUUCAUUUGAGAACGAAGUCAAAAAUGAAAGGAAGGUGACACUCGAUUUAAGCAAAAUAUUAACAAUGAAUCGUAUGGCUGUAUCUGUUGAUACAGAUAAAAACGGACGCGUGAAAUUCGAAAACCCUGUGAUUACUGAGAUGCCUGUUAACUAUGAAAAAUCUAAGAAUGUUGAGGAUUCUGGGAGUAACGAGCGGUGGCCUGAUAUUCCUGUGAAGUUUGAAAAGGUUAAGAUUUCAGAGAGGCUUGUGAGGCCUGAAGGUCCUAAGAGACUUGAGACGCCUGCGGGUCGUUACAGGCUUGAGGGUCCUGAGAGACUUGAGAGGCCUGAGAGUCCUGAGAGACUUAAAAAGUUUAUGAGUCCUGAAAGAACUGAGGGUUUCGGGAAGCAUGAGACUUUUAAUAGACCUGAGAAGCCUGGGAAUCUUGAGAACCAUGAGUAUUUUGAGAAACCUGAGAACCCUGAGAAUCUUUUUAUGCAUCAUAAGGUUGAGGAACAUGAAAACCGCGUCAAACGAACGAGAAGGAAGAAAGAAGAACGAAAUGAAGAUAAACGAAAUAGAGCCCGUCGGAAAAUGUGGAUAGUUUACGGGUUGUAAUUAUACA